GCUUUAAAGAAUAAAAAAAUGAUGGGUUCCAAGGCAUUUAUAUUUCUUUGCCUUUUUGUGGCUAUUUGUGCAAUGAUAAGCUCCGAGGUUGUAGCUAGGGAGUUAGCGGAGACUUCAUUGGAAUCAGAUAACAAGAUUGAUGAACACACUGACGGACGCAGCGGAUAUAAUGGAUAUAAACCCCCACAUGACAAAUACAAUAAUGGAUAUAAACCUCUUGGUGGUGGAUAUAAGCCUUCAGGUGGUGGAUAUAAGCCUCCAGGUGGUGGAUAUAAACCCCCACAUGGUGAAUAUAAGCCUCCACAUGGUGGAUAUAAACCUCCAGGUGGCGAAUAUAACUCUCCACAUGACAAAUAUAAACCACCCAGUGACGGACAUCACCCCCCAGGUGGUGGUGGUGGUGGUGGUGGCGGACAUCACCCCCCACAUGGUGGAUAUAACCCUCCAGGUGGAGGCCAUGAUUAAGUGACUAGCCAAUUGCCUCACAACAAAUCAUCAUGUGUACUAUUAUAAAACUAUGGUAUACGUACGUAAUGGCAAGAUUAGUACCAGUAAUAUAAUAGUCUUGUUGCUUUUAGACCAGAUUGUUGUAUCAAUAGUAUGAAUAAAACGCAUGAUAUGAAUUGUUGGUCAUACAAUAUUUUGUUGUACAAUAUAUUAUGUGAUGAAUAUAUUUUCAUAAUGUACGUUUCUUCUUAUUUCA